CCUUGCUUCCUAUUGUUCCCAUUAUUUACACUCUUCAUUCCUCUUAUGCAACCUUCCACAUUUGUUCGAAACUUGUGAAAACUCUCAAACGACUGGUUUUUAGGAAAUUGAUGAUCAAAUUAGAUUAGAACAAAAAGAAAAUAUGAAACGAUGUCGAGAGGAAUCUGCGUGUCUUGAGAUGAACACAAAGAAAAAUAAAAAUCAAAUGGACUUAAAAACAUUCGUUGGUUUAUUUUUUAUGCAUGAUGAUCGCAGCAAAGAUACUACUGGUUUGAUGUUUUCAGAAAAGGUAAACUUUGUAACAAACGGAGAUGAAACUUCUUGUGAAGGCCCUUGCGACUUUUGCGAAAAAUCAACUCUUCUACACGAUUGCGAUCGCUGUACUCGACCCGUCUGCAGAAACUGUUCGACGCUUGUUUAUAUGAAAGAACAGACAAAAGCAAGAUGUUUAGACUGCUUUUAAUUAUGUUAUUAUAGAUCUAAUUUACAACAUCCGGGAAGCACGAAGUCUUACCCCCAGUCGCUUUUUUCUCGGACCUUGCGAUGAUUGUAACGGGUUUUUGGAGGUACUUCCAUUUGGAGAUUCCAUUUCGCUCGUUUCUAUGUUUCUCGAUUGUUCCGUUCCCUCAUUGUGAAGAGAACACAUGGGUCGUUCAGAUACGUUUGGACUAGAUAAAGAGCUGGCUUUUGUGAACAUUGAAGAUUUCUCAUUGGAGACGGUCCUUCUUGGUAUUUUUCUGUUCCCUAUAUCUUUUACCGAAAUCCCAUGCAGUUUAUUGUUUGAACCGUCAGUCAGUAACGUCUGCUUUCCUUGUUGAUGAAGAAACCUAGUUUUACCUACGUCUGAUGUCAACUGAGGGUCUUCCUUCUUUGAAAAGAAUUCUCUAAUGUCGAAAUUUCCCUUCCUUUUGAGAGUAUUUUCUUUAUUUAAUGGUUCAUCUGGAACUUCCAUGAACUCUUGAUCCCUAGCUCUUUUCUGUAGUUCCUUCUCCGCCAGUGAACGAGAACAUACAAAAGCGGGCUUUUCGGUAGAACUUUUUUCAUCCUGAUAUGUCUUAUUCGGUCGAUCACUUAUUUCUUGUAUGCUAACGUUUUGAACGGUGCCGUACUCCUUUCGAUUUAAUAUUAUACUGAUUUCAGAAGCUAACUGAUUAUUAAAUAUAAUAUCCCUUUCUGAUAAAUAUUUCCUUGUUUCAUAGCUUCUCAGAAAACUACUAAUAUCCUGCUUUGAGCUGAAAUUCUCAUUAUCGUUGUAGGACCCGACUGAAUUUUUGAAUGACGAUAUAUACAAUAAAGCUUGAGCUCGUGUUACGCCAACAUAUAGCAAUCUUCUCUCUUCAUCUACGUCCUCUGAACGUGAAUGAGGGAUAAUAUUUUCACAGACACAAGGAAGGAAAACGACUGGCCAUUCCAAGCCUUUUGCAGCAUGCAAAGUAGAUAUAGUGACCUUUGAAGAUUUUUCUUCUUCUUUGUCGUUGCUCGCUAAAGUGACAUGUCCGAGAAACUUUUGAAGAGAAGUUUCUUGUGGUCCUUCCUCUAAUAGACCCACCUCUUCCUGUUCAGCAAGAACAUCACUUUGCUGAACCAAUUCCAUCACAUUGUCCCAUUUUUCAUCAUAUGUCUCUGGAUUUUUUUUGCGUAAAAAGUCAUAGUAUUUAAUUUCGCGCAGAACCGAAGAUAUUAAGUCACUAACUGACUUCUGUUUGUCAUGAGAUUCUCUGUCGAGCCGUUCUAUUAAAUCAAUAAAAUUUUUCACAGAUUUUAGAAAUGAUUUGUCUUGUCUUUGAGAUAGGAGGAUAUUGUUUUCGCUUACUUUGACUAGGAUUUGCCAGAGUGGAAGAUUUCGCCGUUCACUUUCUUCAAGAAGGCGAUCAACUUUUGUCUUCCCAAUAUUCCUAGUAGGCGUAUUUAUAAUUCGAAUUAACGAUGUCGGAUCUCGAUUAGCAAUCACUUUCGCGUAAGCUACAACAUCACGUACUUCCUCUCUGUCAAAGAACUUGUGAACUCCGACCAUCCGAUAUGAUACUCCAAGCUCUGUCAAAGCAUGUUCUAAGCUCCUUGUCAAACUUGACGACCGCACUAGAAUGGCAAAAUCAUCAUAUGUAAAUAAACGGGGACAGCAUUCCACGAUGCGUUUUAUUUCACAUGCAGUCCAAUAUGAUUCCUUCUGAUUCGUCUCGAAUUCUCGAUAUGAUGGCAUUAAAGACAUAAAAAAAUCACUCUUAAGUCCUUUUUGCGGUCUUGCCUUGUCUUGGGAUAUGAUGGAGAAUGCUAGUUCCAAAAUGGAAUACGCGGACCGAUAGUUCAUUUCCAAAUUCAGUACUUGUGUUCCUUUAAAAUCCUUUGUCAUUCUAUUUAAAUUUUCUAUUUCAGCACUUCGAAAACCAUAAAUAGAUUGAUCGGGAUCACCAACAAUAGUAAUAGCUGUAUCCUUUUGAGCUAAAAGCUUUAAUAAAUAAUAUUGAAUUCUGCUAGUGUCCUGGAAUUCGUCGAUCAGAAUAUGUUUAAUGUUCGCAAUACAUGACGGAUAUGUUUGAAGCAAAAGAAUAAAAUGUAACAACAGGUCGUCAAAAUCCUGAUGUUGUUAGUGAAAUGCUACUAUCCUCCAAACAUACCAUUAAAUUGUUCUUUCUCAGUGUUGUCUGAUAUAGCUUAUAGAGCUCGGUGGAUUGAUAACUUUGAAGUUCCGGUGGAGGAGCAUCCAUUCCUCGUAGUAAAAUUAGUUCAGGGCUAUUAGCUUUUGCAAGUAAGCCAGAAGAUUUCAUUUUUGAUAUUCUGGUUAAGACAUUUUCGGGUGUUAAUUCUUGUCCUCGAAUACCACUAGCUAAGGAAUUUUCUGCCUUUUUAAGUGUAGCCAACAGUCGCUUAACUAUAGCUUUCCUAUUUCAAUAAAAAUUAAUAUAUUCA